UCCCCUCCAGCCCUUGCGGUGCGGCUGCCGGGCUUUACGGCGCCCUGCGGUGGCCGCGCUGCUCCUCAGCCGAGGCAGCCGCGAUGGCGACCUACGUGAGCGAGCUGGAGGCGGCCAAGAAGAGCCUGAGCGAAGCGCUGGGCGAGAACGUGAAGCAGUACUGGGCCAACCUGAAGCUCUGGUUUAAGCAGAAGAUCAGUAAGGAGGAGUUUGACCUGGAAGCGCGCAGGCUCCUCACGCAAGACAACGUCCACUCUCACAAUGAUUUCCUCCUGGCUAUUCUUACACGAUGCCAGAUCUUGGUGUCUGCACCAGAAGGUGCUGGAUCCCUGCCGUGGCCAGGUGGCUCUGCAAGUAAGCCUGGAAAACCCAAAGGAAAGAAAAAGAUUUCUUCGGUUCGGCAAAAGUUUGAUCACCGGUUCCAGCCUCAGAACCCGCUGUCUGGAGCCCAGCAGUUUGUGGCCAAGGAUCCUCAGGAGGAUGAUGACUUGAAGCUGUGCUCUCACACCAUGAUGCUCCCCACACGUGGGCAGCUGGAAGGCAGGAUGAUUGUCACAGCCUACGAGCACGGGCUGGACAACGUCAUGGAGGAGGCCGUCACCGCCGUCAUCUACGCCGUGGAGAAUCACCUGAAGGACAUCCUGACGUCUGUGAUAGCGCGGCGGAAGGCCUAUCGCCUGCGGGACGGCCACUUCAAGUACGCCUUCGGCAGCAAUGUCAACCCCCAGCCCUACCUGAAGAACAGUGUUGCUGCUUAUAACAAUUUAAUUGAGUGCCCUCCCUCGGCCCCGGCCCCAGCUGCUGGUCAGAGCCUGGCUGCCCAGCCCGCGCCUGACGAUGCUGAGCAGCAGGCAGCUCUGCUCCUGGCAUGCUCUGGGGACACCUUACCAGCAUCCCUCCCACCAGUCAACAUGUAUGACCUGUUUGAGGCACUCCAGGUGCACAAAGAAGUUAUUCCUGCACACACUGUCUAUGCUCUCAACAUUGAGAGGAUUGUCAUGAAACUCUGGCACCCGAACCAUGAGGAGCUGCAGCAGGACAAGAUCCACCGGCAGCGGCUGGCGGCGAGGGAGGGCCUCCUGCUCUGCUAGAGCUGGGCAGGUGUGUGUAUCCAGGGGUUCCUGGCCACCUGAGGGACAGCCAAGCUGCCUGCUGUGGUGACUACAUGGUUAAGCUGUACUGACAGGCAGAGGCUGCCUCCUGACCCACCCUCAGGCCUCAGCUGCACAAGGGGCUCUUCCUCGGACUUGCCAUUCGGAUGCUGCCUGCAAAGCUGUGUCAGCAUUUCAAGGAUGAUGUGAGUUAUGAGUCAGCUUUUCCUAUGGAAAUACAACUGAGUUGAGGUACACUUUUCUCCGCUUCCCCAGAGUCAUCUGCCGUGGUGUGCUUACAGAUCCCACUGAACUGGAAUGGAGAAACAAGAGAUUAGUUUGCAAAGACUGUUUUUUAGGAAAAAUAAAUAUGGGAGUGGAAAGAGUUGGUUUUCAAGAA